CCCUGCAACAUCCGCUCUUUCGCUGUUUCCUCACAACGGCGAGCACAAUUAAAUAGCUCUUAUCAUGUACUUAAUAUUAAUACAUAAACAAGUUUACGAUAAAAUAUGAACGUUUUGUCUUAAAACGAUAUUCAUGGCGAGGAUUGGAGACAUUAUUCAUCUGAACGUCGGGGGGAAAAGGUUCAGUACCUCCAGACAGACUCUGACAUGGGUUCCUGACUCCUUUUUCUCAAGUUUAUUAAGUGGAAGGAUAUCAACGCUAAAAGAUGAGACUGGAGCGAUAUUCAUAGACCGAGAUCCGUCUCUGUUUGCUCCAAUUUUAAACUUUUUGCGCACUAAAGAGCUUCAUCCCAGAUCCAUAGAUGUCCACUUGUUAAUACAUGAGGCAGAGUUCUAUGGGAUCACACCACUGGUGCGGAAGCUGCAGUUGUGUGAUGAGUUGGAUCGCUCCUCCUGUGGGAACGUGUUGUUUAAUGGAUAUCUGCCUCCACCAGUGUACCCAGUGAAGCGCAGAAACAGGCACAGUGUUGCGGGUCCUCAGUUUAUGGGCGGUCGCUCGGGGCCAGUGGAAAGAGCUCCAGUGAGGAGGAGCAACACGAUGCCUCCUAACCUGGGCAAUGCUGGCAUUCUGGGCAGAGCUGCUGUGGAGGAGAGAGUGCCAGGUCCAGUCUCUGAUCCAGGCCUGGUCAGAAUCAUAUGUGGUCAUCAUAACUGGAUUGCGGUGGCCUAUGCUCAGUUUGUGGUCUGUUACAGGGUUAAAGAGUCUACGGGAUGGCAGCAGGUCUUUACAAGCCCACGGCUGGACUGGGUGAUCGACAGAGUGGCUCUUAAUGCCAAAGUCAUGGGCGGCUCAUUAGGAGACAAUGAUAAGAUGGUCGCAGUGGCGUCGGGCACAGAAAUCAUACUCUGGGCAAUCUGUCCUGAUGGAAACGGCAAUGAAAUCGGUGUGUUCAGUCUGAAUGUACCAGUGGAGGCGCUGUUCUUCGUAGGAAAUCAGCUCAUUGCCACGAGCCACACAGGCAAAGUGGGCGUCUGGAACGCCGUCACCAAACACUGGCAGAAUCAGGAUGUGGUUCCCAUCAACAGUUACGACACUGCUGGAUCUUUCCUUAUUUUGGGAUGCAAUAAUGGAUCUAUUUACUACAUCGAUGUCCAGAAGUUUCCAUUGCGGAUGAAGGAUAAUGAUUUGCUGGUGACCGAACUGUAUCGAGAUCCCAGUGAAGAUGCUAUUACUGCUCUAAGUGUCUACCUGACGCCCAAAACAAGUGAUAGUGGGAACUGGAUUGAGAUUGCGUAUGGCACCAGCUCAGGCACAGUGCGUGUGAUCGUUCAGCAUCCAGAGACGGUGGGAUCCGGCCCACAGCUCUUCCAGACCUUCUCUGUUCACCGCAGCCCCGUUACCAAGAUCAUGCUCUCAGAGAAACACCUCAUCUCUGUGUGUGCAGACAACAAUCACGUGCGCACGUGGACAGUAACGCGCUUCAGAGGUAUGAUCUCCACUCAGCCUGGCUCCACUCCGCUGACCUCCUUUAAGAUCCUCUCCCUGGAUGAUAUCGAUGGACACGCGGGCUGUGCUGCUGGAACUGAGAUCGGUCCGUAUGGUGAGCGUGACGAGCAGCAGGUGUUUAUCCAGCGUGUGGUUCCUGACACUGAUAAACUCUACGUCAGACUCUCCUCCAAUGGGAAGAGGGUGUGUGAGGUGCGUUCAGUGGACGGCACCUCCAUCACAGCGUUCGUGGUUCAUGAGUGUGAGGGCUCGAGCCGCAUUGGCUCUCGGCCACGCCGGUACCUCUUCAGCGGACACAGCAACGGCAGCAUCCAGAUGUGGGACCUCACAACCGCAAUGGAGAUCGCCGGGAAAGUGGAUAUCAAAGCUCUCGGUGGACCCACUGAAGAGGAGCUGCUGGAGCUGCUGGACCAGUGUGAUCUGACUCUGACCCGAACACCCGACAUGAGCCCUGCCGCCUCGCUCACACACUCCUCACGCAACUCCACCUGCAGUCUUCAGUCUCAGAUGAGUGAAAGCGGUCGAGCUGCGUCUGGUUUUCGGGCUGCGGUUCCUCUUUCUGGAAGUCUUCCUCGGCAGCCUCCUCUGGUUCCUCUCAAUAAUAAACCCCGAGAUCUGCCAUCUCAUCUGGGUCUCAGUCAGUCCUCCAUCUCCUCCAGCAGCGGGAGCAGUCCUCAUCCCGGCCGAGAGAAGGAGCGGGACGCUCUACGUGACGGGCUGCUGUCCAUCCGCAGAGGCAGUUUUGUGGAGCGCUGUCAGGAAAGAGCCAAGUGUUCGGACGCCACCACAGGUUUGGACCCGAGCAGACGCAGUUUAGCGGUGUGCAAUGAACUGGAAGCUCGACUCGGCCUCAGCUCCAGCCUCAGGAUGCCAUCCUCAUUCUCCGCUCUGCCGGCUGCAUGUUUGUCCACACCUUCAUCAUCUUCAUCUUCAUCAUCAGCGUCUAUGAGAAGAGCAGCUCCUGCAGCCGUGAGUCCUGCUCCUCCAUCACUCAGUCCCGCCAGAUCACACACUCCUGUCUCCGCACGCCGACCAAUCAGCUCGCCCACCAGCGACAGUCCGGCCAAUGACAGCACACCAGCGCCAGAAAGCCCCGCCUCUCCUCCUGCCACCAGCCCAAAGCCUCACAUGAAUGAAACCAGCUUUUGAAAUCCGGCAAGAAAACAUUUCACAUUCAGAAACUAAUGCUGAAUUCUUAAUAAUGCAUUCUUUGUAAAUGUGUGUGUGCGUGUGUGUGUGUGUGUGUGUGUGUGU